GAAAAAAGUUGGUCAAGUGAUAAUAUUCCAAUUUUAUUGAUAAUGUUUAAACAAUUUUAUUUAAUAUCAUUGCUAACAUGUUCUGUCACCAAUUUAAUGUCCGAGAUGAAAAAAACAAGUGACAUCGUUUAUAGAUUGGUUGGAAACUUUUUUACACAAAUAACUGUAAAACGUCAGCUGGAACAAUUUUCAAUAGAAUUGCUUCAUAGGAAGUCCUUAUGUUUUACUGCUUGUGGAUUAUUUCGUUUGGAUAACAGUUUAUUAACUUCAGUUGCUCGAGUAAUUUCAACUAAUAUGGUCUUGCUGAUUGAGUAUCAAUUCUAUGAACAGUUCAAAACUAUAAACAAUAACUCUACAUGAUGAAUAUAAAAAAUUAUUGUUUGACAAUGAACUAAAUAAAAUCAGGAUAUUUUGAGGACAAUUGGUUUAUUUUUAAUUGAGCUCAAUCAUAGACUUGAAGAGACUAUAAGUCAAGAUGAGUCUACGAGUCCAACUGGAGUUAUUGAGAAUGACAAGAGCUGGAAUGUCAUCAAUGUCCCUAAGGGAACAUCAAAGUGAAACUGUUGAGAUUAAUAGAUCAGUUUUGGAAUCAGAAGAAGAUAAAAUCUUUGAAUAUCAAUCUCUAAAAAUCUCUAGUUCCUUUGAUGACUGUAUACGUUACUUGAUAAACUGUGUAGACUUGAUUAUUUCUUGAUCAUCUAGAGAAAUGGAUGUACACAAAAAAUAUUAGAUGUUCCUACUUCUCCAAAUGCUAGAUCAAUUUUAGAAUAUUCUAAUCAAGUCUGAGCACGAAGAUUUAGGUAUUGCUUUGUAUUAUUUUAGCCACAGCAUAGGUUUUCAUGAUUGAAGACAUUUUUUAUA